UUGAGCUUAAUAGAACUGGAUGGCUCAAAAAAGCUGUUGGACUAUUUUUGUGUAGUGUAUAAAAUUAUUCUUCUGUUGAGCUAAAAAGUAAAGAGGCUUUCCAGCUUGAAAGACGCGGAGACAAAGACGAUUUGAUGGUUUGGACUGCUUGAAUAGAUUGUGGUGCAAUUGCAAAAAUGACUGUACGUUUUUGAGAUUUUAUUGCUACUGAUUUAUCUGCGCUGAUGCGGUGCAUUAUUUUAUCGAAUAAUUGAAAUAUUCAUAUUUUUAUCCCACAGAAGUAUUUCAACAAGGUUUAGUGUAUACACUUAAGCUAGAUCCAAGAAAACUUACAGCUGGUCUGACAAUUGAUGCGUUUCGUGCGCUCUCAUAAAACGAGGACUUGGUUCGACAAUAAACCGCAAUCACUGCAUCUUAUCGGAGCCCCAAAAAACUGAGUAUACAUCUGCAGGUUGAGUGUCACCUGCAUUUUUCUACCAAUUUAUAAUAACCAGUUGUACUAAACAGCGAAUACCAUCCGUUUAUUUAUACACACUGCUGACAAGUGGCUACUGAAUUGCUAGUUAAUAACUGCCCUGCCUUGAAUUCUGUUAGUCCUAUCUAUUUUGGUCAAAAAUUGAUUCAUUUCAACUCUUAAUCAAAACACAGCUAAUUUUAAACUAGCAAGAAUGUUAGAUCCGGCUUUCAAAGGGGUUGCGACGAAGGUGGGCAUGACUAUAUGGAGAAUUGAGCAAAUGCAAGUGGUGAUGUUGCAGACGAAGGACCAUGGGACGUUCUACGAGGGGGACUCCUACCUGCUGCUACACACCGAGAAGACAGGACCCAAUUCAUUCAGCUAUAACAUACACUUCUGGCUCGGAAAAUACACCUCACAGGAUGAGUCAGGAGUUGCAGCGUACAAGACUGUGGAGUUGGACGAGGUCCUAAAUGGAAAUGCAGUCCAGUACAGAGAGUGUCAAGGUCACGAGAGUGCAAAGUUCACAUCCUACUUCAAAAAGGGAAUAACUUAUCGUCCGGGCGGGACGAAGUCCGGCUUCCGCAACGUGGACGGACUGAAGGUGGUGACGCGUCUGCUGCACGUGAAGGGGAAGAGGAGGGUGCGAAUGAGUGAGGUGCCCCCUCGGUGGGGUUCGUUCAACAGUGGGGAUGUCUUCAUUCUGGACCACGGGGCUGAUGUGUUCGUCUGGAAUGGACAGAAGAGCAACAGGAUGGAAAGACUGCAGGUCCUGCUGGAAUCUUCGUUUGGAAGGGCAAGAAUGCGAAUCGUGAUGAGAAGGCCAGUGGAAUGAAGAAUGCUAGUGCGUUUAUUAAGACUAAAAAGUACCCUGCCCACACCCAGAUCAUAGCUGUGAUAGACGGCGCAGAGCCACCCGCUUUUAAGAUGCUGUUCUCCGACUGGAAAAACAAACACGCCCAGGUUGGCCUUGGAACAGCCCACAACAUCAACCGGGUGGCAAAAAUCACCACCCAGACCCAGUUCGACGUGAACAGUCUGCAUGCCAAGCCACAAGUGGCCGCUUCGGCCCGCAUGGUGGACGACGGCACUGGAAAAACGGAAGUGUGGGUUGUGGAGAAUUUCGACAUUGUCCCGGUAGACGACUAUUUGCACGGACAGUUCUUUGCUGGCGACUGUUAUGUAGUGAAAUAUACUUACCACGUGAAGAAUAAGCCCUGCUAUAUUCUGUACUACUGGAUUGGGUCGGAUAGCAGCCAAGACGAACAGGGAACCGUGGCUCUGAAGACAAUUGAACUAGACGACCUUGUGAGUGGGACGGCGAUGCAAGUGAGGGUAGUUCAGGGCAAGGAACCCAACCACUUCCUUGCUAUCUUCAGAGGCAGACUCAUCGUCCAUCUGGGCGGCAAGAGUUCUGGAUUCCGAAACAUAGACAACAAAAAGACCAUGAAUUUGACUAGAAACCACCUCUUCCAAAUUCGUGGAACUGACAAAUUGAACACCCGAUGUGUUGAGGUUGCUUGUGUGGCGCCUAGCUUGAACAGCAAUGACUCAUUCGUACUCAAGUCCAAGGAAGUCGUCUAUCUAUGGUUCGGUAAAGCGUGCACAGGCGACGAGAGGGAAAUGGCGAAGAAUUGUGCAUCUAUCCUGUCGCCCAGAGACAUUGAGGUGGUGAUGGAGGGCAAGGAGCCGGACUCCUUCUGGAAGGCACUGGGGGGCAAGCAGCCAUAUAGUAGUUCCAAGGCACAACUGGACCCGGAACACGAACCGAGGCUGUUCCAGUGCAGCAAUGCCACCGGAUACUUCAGGGUUGAGGAGAUCAUGGGGUUCCAGCAGGAAGACUUGUGCGAGGAUGACGUCAUGAUUCUGGACACGUGGUACGACCUGUUCGUCUGGGUGGGCACUAGAAGCAAUGCAGAGGAGAGGAGGAGGGCUAUGGAGACUGCGAAACAGUACGUGUUGACAGACCCCUGCAAGAGAGACCCAAAUCUAUCCAUCUACCAGGUGAAGCAAGGACACGAACCGGUCAUCUUCACAGGGUUUUUCCACGGGUGGAGUGCGGACCGGUUUCUGAACUCGGCCAAGUACAUCCAGAUGAGGGCGGAGCUGAAUGGGGAGACAAGUGAUGAGAAGCUGCGGGAGGAGAUGGAGAAGAUCAUGUUCAACGGGGGAGGGACAGACGACGGCAUCGACGGGGGAAUGAAUGGGGCACACAAGAAGGGCUUCAGUAUCGACUACCUGCGCAGCCCUGCUUCGAACGAGAGCGAGGACAUUGACCCCACUGUGAAAGAACAGUAUCUGGACGAGGGGGACUUCGCGAAAGUGUUCGGUAUGACUAGACAAGAGUUCAACACCAAACCACACUGGAAGAAAAUUGAACUGAAGAAACAAAACGGACUAUUCUGAGCUCUGACUUCUCCGCAGUUUUAUGCAUUUUAAGCGCAAUGGAUUUUCAUCAAUUUAUAUCAAACUAAUAAUAUCAGUUCAGCAAAAAUUUAUGCUAUGCAUUAGAACAUAUCAAAAAUUGCGGUUGCUAUCUGAAAAUAACAUUCAAUUUAAGCUUUUAAUUUAAAAAUCACGGUAGAAAUGUCUAAAUUAUUUAAUUUUUUUGAAUUUAAAAAAAUACCAAGUUGCGUCAAUACUUGUAACAGCGGCUGUUAUUUGACAUACUCAACUUUUCUGAGCGAUUUUUUUUCGGUUUUUUCCGAGUACCAGCUUGAUGACUCAUCGAUAUCGAUAAAAAAAAACAGUGCAAUUUAUUUACUAUUCAGUUCAUCACCAAGUAUUUUGCUACUUCACUA